GCACAUCCAGCGAUCUGGCAAGCCACUUGCACACACGUGCGACUCUUUAAAGUUGAUUUUAUUUUAGUUAAUUUUUGCAUAGUUAUUGAAUUGGUUAUUGUUGGAGUGUGUAGAAUAAUGACUGCAAUACUAAACGAACCGCCCCAGGGCGGUGGCAAGCAGCAGCUGCACAACGCCCGCUUCUACACGAUAAAGCCGCGUGCCAUCGAGAGCCUCGCGUACAACAAGUUGGCCAAAUGCCUCGCUGUAAGCCGAGAAUCGGGCUGCAUUGAACUGUGGAACAUGGAGUACACGCCAUAUCUGGACAGGGCUAUCCACUUGCAGGCCGAAGCAUCCGUGGAGGCCUUGGCCUGGGCUGGCAGCAAGCGGCUCUUCUCGGUGGAUCUGUCGGGCAAGCUGAUCGAGUGGGACGUGCAGCAGCUGAAGCAGCGCUACGAGCACUCGCCCACGGGCAAUGCCCUCUGGUGCAUCGACAUCAACCAGCAGGAGACGGAGCUGGCGGUGGGGUCCGAGGAGGGGCACAUCAACAUCAUGAGCAUCGAGAACAACGAGCUCACCUACAAGAGCCUCUUCAACAAGCAGAAGGGCCGCGUGCUCUGCUGCAAGUUCGACAAGUCGGGCAAGCAUCUGGUGACCGGCUCCGAGGGCUGCGUCCGCAUCUGGAGCGUCCUCAAGGGCCAGACGCUGCACACGAUGACGCUGUCCGCCAAGGAUGUGAUCGUGUGGUCCCUCCAGGUGCUCGAAGACAACACCAUCGUGGCGGGCGACUCGGUGGGCUUUGUGACCGUGUGGAAUGCCGAGAAUGGCACGCAGGUCGGCAGGCAGCGCGUCCUCGACAACAACGUCUUCGCCUUGGCGGUCAACGAGGAGGAGGACCGACUGGUGUGCAGCGGCAUGGAGCCGCCCCUGAUCCGCGUCUACAGCAAGACGAAGAUCAGGCGCGAGGAGUCCGAGAGCGAGCGCUGGAUCAAGUUCGUCCAGCGGGACGUCCACAAGCACUGCGUCAAGUCCCUGGCCAUGGCCGGCCCCCUGAUUGUCUCCGGCGGCCUCGAUGGCAUCCUCACCAUCAGCUCCAGCGAGCGCAGCUCCGAGCGGAACGUGGCGCAGCACGCGCCCUUCCUCAAGGGGUCCGUCGCCUCGAUGGCCACCGAUGCGCGGCUCCUGCUGCUCCGCUAUCCCCACAGCGUGCAGCUGUGGCGCCUGGCCUCUGCCGUGGUCCGACCCGAGGAGGAGCAGCAGGAGCGCUGGGACCAGCCCGUGGGCCACUCGGAGGAUGUUGUCAUGGCGAAGGCACCGCAGAAGCUCCUGCAGCUGAAAGUGCGCGAGAAGAGCUUCAUCCAGGCCGCGGCCUUGUCCCCCGAUGCCCAAUGGAUCUGCUACUCCACCCUGACGGAGCUGCGGCUCAGCCGCCUGACGCUGGAGCCCCUGGGGGUGCAGCGCCUGGAGGAGGACCUGCCCUCGCAGCUGACCCCCGCCAGCCACAUCCUCUUCACGGAGCAGGGCAAGCAGCUGCUGCUCCUCGACCCCAGCACCAAUCGCUUGAACUUCUUCGAGCUGCAGCAGGAUCGUGUCCAGUUCCGCUCCAGCCUCGACCUCAGCGCGCAGCUGAAGGGCACCAUCAGCCACCUGGUGGAGUCUCCGAGCGGCGGCUACCUGGCGGCGGCCUCCUCCGACAACCUGAUCGGCGUCUGGCAGCUGCAGGCCAGCGGCAACCGGCAAGCGGCGAAGCAUUUGCUGAACCUGCCCCGCCAUCGGGCCGGCACCACUGCCCUGGCCCUGCACACGGGUCGCCCCCGCCUGGUGGCGGCCUACGCCGACGGCCGCCUGGUGGAGUACGACCUGGCGAAGCGCGCCUUCACCUGCGAGACGGCGGAGUACCUGAUCCCGGACACCAAGCACUUCUGCAUCAAUGGCAUCACGCUCGAUCCGCUGAACCCCAACAUCUUCCUCGUGCACACGGAGGAGUUCAUGUACGUCCUGGAGCGCAACAAGCGCCUCUUCUCGGAGGACUACGUCGUCAACACAAAGUCCAAGAAGUACAGCGACGAGAGCCGCAAACUAAUCGCAGAGAAUCCGCACGGAAUGCGCCUCAAACUAGAGUUGCCGCGUCAGCACCUGGUGCAUGUCUUUCGCCUGAGUCCUGACGAGCUCGUCAAUGUCAGCAUUACGACAAACAAUCUGCUGGCGUCGCUCCCACAGCCCUUCCAGCGAAAGAAGUUUGGCUCCGCGUAGAGGAAGUGCAGCGGAGAGGAGGCGCCUCCGCCACUAGUUUCCAUUUAGUUACCAAAUAAAAUGACAAAAACGAA